GUGUUCUCACUAGGUUUGCGGUACUCUAGUGUUACCAACACACUUAGUUCAUAAGCUGCGUCGUUCAGUCUAGUCAAAAAAUAUUUUGGUGUUUUGGUGCGCGCCUGGGUAGUGUGAAUGAAUAAUCAGGUGAAAGCACCGGGCCCUCGCGAGGCGGCACCGCCGCAGCCACUUCAGAAUGGUCGGCGAGUUACCUUUAAAGCUCAACAGGCGAUAGAUGCGGAUACCGUCGAGGCUAGGCUCGCCGAGGUGGUUCGCGUGAGUCUGUAUCCAGAGCACGUAAGCCAACUAGUUCUAGAGGGCGGUGAAGCGAGUUGGAAUACCGUCCUGCAGGAUAAUUACCGUCGUCGUGAAAGAAAGAGAGAGUAGGGCGGUUGCUCUAGUUGAUAACGAUAUGGGGGAGCUUUUCCAUUGUAUUUCGUCGCGCUGUUGUACAAGACUUAUGAUAUUGAGUUUCCUAUUUCUUCCAAUUGAUGUUGAACCCCAAUUACUUCCUCUUGUUAAGCGACGUUAACAGAAAAAA